UUAUCUCUCUGUCUCUUGAGUCUAUAAAAGGGAUGUCGUCUCCUUCAGCCUUGUCAAUCCUCCAUUUCCUCCAAAGCUUCGGCCUGCAGUUAGCCAUGGCUUGCUCCAGCUUAAUCAACAAGUGCUUCAGAGAAUCAUGGAGAUGCAUCAAGAUUGGGCCAUGGGGAGGCACCGGAGCCUGCAACUUUGAUAUUGGUCGAUCUGCCUCCCAAAUCAAAAAGGUCGUACUCCACACAGGAGACACCGUCGAACGUUUGGAGAUCUCCUAUGUUGUUGACGGGAAUGAAGUCAAAACACACCCAAUAGGCGGCAGUGGUGGUCAAUCCCACGAGUUCGAACUAAUUCCUGGUGAAUACAUCAACUCGAUGGUUGGGUCCGUCAAAACCUAUCGUGGAGAAACUCGUAUUUCUAAGCUCGAAUUUAAGACCAACUUGGGGAAGAAACAUGGACCUUUUGGGCACGGAGGUGGCACGGAGUUCACUGUUCCAGUCAUGGACGGUCGAAUUGUUGGAUUCUUUGGCCAAUCUGGUUGUUAUCUAAAUGGGAUUGGAGUCUAUUUGGCUCCUAAUUAAUUGACCAUCUAUUCAGUAUUUCAAAAUCUGCAUGAUCAUCCAUCCAUUCUGCUGUCUUCUUCAGUACUUUGCUUCAUCGUAGGAUUGGUUUUAAAUAAAUUUGGUAGUUUCCGGUUAUGGAUCAUCUGCCAACUUUAGUGUUUGGUGUUCAAGCUAGCUUGCUAGCUUCAUUUGCUCUAAUAAAAUGUGUUUUUUAUGAGUUUUAA